CAUCCCCCCAGAAGCCUCCUCACUCAUCCCCUCUAUCAGGGAAUAUCUGGAGUGGUGCCUGCUUCCUCAGCCCUGAAGUCAUGGCCUUAGGUCUCCUGUGGCUGAGCCUUGCCCUGCUGGGGUUCCUGCAGACCCAGGCCCAGGACUCCACCCAAAACCUGAUCCCAGCCCCACCUCUGGACAGGGUCCCUCUGCAGCCUGACUUCCAAAAUGAGCUGUUCCAGGGGAAAUGGUACAUCGUAGGAUUGGCAGGGAAUGCAUUUAAUAAAGAAGAACACAGCCAGUUGAAGAUGUAUGCUACCACCUACGAGCUGAACGAAGAGAACAGCUACAAUGUCACCUCUAUCCUGGCCUGGAACGAGACCUGUGACCACUGGCUCAGAAUUUUCAUCCCAAGUUCACAGCCAGGCGAAUUCACCCUGGGCAACAUUGAGCGUUACAUUGGAACUCAGAGCUACACUGUACGAGUGGUGGCCACAGACUACAACCAGGUUGCCACGGUGUUCUUCAAGACAGUUUACAAAAACCGGGAGUUCUUCAAGAUCACCCUCUAUGGGAGGACCAAGGAGUUGACCCAUGAGCUGAAGGAAAACUUCAUUAGCUUCACCAAAGCCCUCGGCCUCACCAAUGAGCACAUCAUCUUCCCUAUCCACAUUGGUAAUCACCGGCUGGUGACAGGAGAAGGGUAUAUGGGUACUGCCCAGGCCUGAUGUUGCCUCACUGGGGAAGGGGAGAGAGAAGGGAGGCAGAGCCCUGUUGUGGUCACUGGAGCUCCAGGAGCCACUUUGGGUUCAAGAAGACCCUGUCACACCCAGGGUUCUUGUUCCCAAGUUUCCUCCUUCACAAUAGCUCAGUCCUGCCCACAUGAGAAUUACACAUUUGGGGCCGAGCUUCCCCAGUCUCCUUGCCUGGCCAUUUCUCCCUGUUCCUCCUCCCUGCCUGGCCUGUUUGUCCUGGGCCACCUCCCCCUUUGCCCUGGGGCUGGCUCACCACUGACU